AAUUCCCGGUCAUUGAGCCGCUGUUUUCAGUUGUUCGAGCUCAGUAACGCAGUAACGACCAGUUUACUGAACAUGCUUUCGAUAAAUUAGCAGAGAAGAGAUUUUAAUUUAUUUUCUAUUUAUGAUACUUAUUCCAUCGAUGUUUUAAAUGUAGAGUUUUAAUCGAACAGCUCGUGCCUGCCUAACACAUUUCCACCAAUAACGGGCUGUCUGUGGCAAGCAAUGGAGGUUGGCACAGUUGUGCAGGAAGAAAUGAAAUUUCGAGGGACUGAAUUUGCUGUCAAGGUCGAGCUGGCGGAGCGGCUACUAAUCGUAGAAAUUUCAGAUGUUGUUACAGCAGACCAGUGGAGAGGAGAGUUUGAUCCUGCCUAUAUUGAGGACCUGACCCGGAAAACUGGGAAUUUUAAACAGUUUCCAGUAUUCUGCAGCAUGCUGGAGUCUGCUGUCAACAAGUCCAGUGAAUCAGUGACCCUUGACCUCUUGACCUAUUCUGACCUCGAGCUUCUGCGGAACAGAAAGGCAGGUGUCGUUGGCCGACCUCGAGCUCAGCCACAGUCUCCUGCCCUCAGUGCUAAAAGAUACCUCAUCCUCAUCUACACUGUGGAAUUUGACAGGAUACACUAUCCUCUUCCACUUCCAUAUCUGGGCAAACCUGAUCCUGCAGAGCUUCAAAGAGAGAUCAGAGCUCUGAGGGCCGAGCUGAAAACACUGGGACUGAGAGGAGACCACAAAGUAUCAGACCAGGAAACACGCAAGCUCCGUGCAGAGUUGGCUUUGGUGAGAGAAGAGAAGGAAGCCUUGGCCAAGGCUGUGGAUCAUCUACAGAUGGUAGGGGCUGGUUCUACUCCUGGGGCUCGUGGGCUCAGAGAGGCGGUGCGCAGCCUGGAGGAACAGCUGCUGAAGGAAAGGGCAAAAAGCCAGCGCUCUGCAAACAAGAGGAGCCAAGAACAGCGCCUCCUUCUGGAACAGUUGGAGGAACUCAGAGCAUCAGAACGGGCUCUACGGAUACGUGUUAAAAGUCUGACCACUGAGCUGGCCUUGUUACGACGCGGUCGAGCGACGCCAGUCAUGUCUGGCCGAAGUGGUCUCAGGGGUGAUGGAGAGGUUCAUCGGUCUUUAUCCAGAGAGCGCAGUUUGACCCGUGUUGGGGUAAGAGCACGCUCGGGGUCGAGGGAGAGAAUAGAGGACAGGACUCGGAGGUCAGAGGAGAGAAUUAGGAGGGCAGACUCUUCAGGGUCUCGGAACUGCAUCACAAGACCUUCACCAUCUCCAACAGGGUCGCGGGUGCCUCGGUUUGACCCUACGGCCUACAUUCAAGACCGACAGCGACGCCAAAAAGAGUCUGAGAUGAAGAAUCAGAGGAAGAUUAGAAGAGACAUGUUGGCUUCGCCGUCUCUGAUGGAAAGAGGCCGUUCACGCUCCAGGGAGCCCGUUCCUCAGCUGAUGAGAGCAGGAAGUGCUGGCAGGGGGAGGAGUGUGUCUGUGGAGAGCAGGAGGAGUCGGUGCUCUUCAGAAGGAUCAGUAGCUGAGUUUGAAGAGCUUGCUAAGCCUCUAAAUAGCAGAGGAAGGAAACUGGCAUAUAAUGGUCCAACUGUGUCCAGAGGAAGACACACAAACAAAAAACCAAUGUGUAGCACCCCGGCCCAAAGGAUGAGAGCGGCAGACACAUCUAUUGAUACGGGUGCUGACCUGUCAGAGAUUGACGCUCGACUCCAGGCUCUGCAGGACUACAUGCGGGACCUUGACACGGGACACUAAUCUCGGUGGAUUCAGAUGUCAAUCGAGGCUUUUUGCACAAAGACUGAGACUGAAAAUCUUGGACAAUCAUUUCUUUCAAACACUGUCUGUAUCGUAGUCAUUUAUACUAAUGAGACUCAAAUGCCGUUUGUUUUCUUUAUCCCUAAUGUAACUUUUGGGCUUGACUCAAAAUGCAGUUACAGUGGCUUUGUGAAGGGGGUUCUUGAGACUGUUGCCAUAUCAGACUUGAAGUAAACCAGAAGUGUCCAAAAGUAUGACCUCAGGAUAUACCGUUUUUAACACAUUCCUGUGUACAUUUUAUGAAUUAGUGUUUGUUUGACCAUUGUUAUUGUUUUUUUUAUAUAUUAGUGUCUAUGUUUUAUGUCUGUUUUAGAUGCUCUCAUAUUUUGUUAUUGUGAGAUACUGAAAAACAAAGCUUUUUUAUAUAAAAAGAUUUUGCAGUUCAUGUCUAUUCUUUACAGACACUCUGGAAUUAUAUCACUUAGCAUAACGGAAUGUGAUAUGCUUUUUAUUUAUACAGGUUAUUGUUCCCAUAACUCAACUGAUAGAGCAUGGCAUUAGCAACACUACGGUUAUAGAUUUGAUUCCAAGGUAGUGAUAAAGUGUAUGUCUUUAUAAGUUGUCUAGUAAGCAUCUGACAAAUGCAUAAAUGUACAUGCAGUAGAGAUCAUGUCUUUUGGCAUUUAACAUUGCUUCAUUUGUGGCCAUUUAAUAAUUUUUGCCAUUUCUCACAAAGUCUGUGUCUCUUAUUUUUAAUGUGACCCCACCAAAAUCUUGUGUGUAGAAUAUCAAAUGCAUUAAAUUUGUCUUUAAUUGUGGUAAUGAGGCCAGAAUUUUUAAACCUUUCUAG